AUGAGUUGCAAGAUGUUUUUCGGUAUAAAUAGCUUUAUAACACCUGAGGAAGCAAUUGCAGAGUCUGAUGAUGAUGAUCGUGAAAAUGAUUUGGCGAUAAUACCACCUGAUUCCUGUAUCGUGACUGACGAAAUGGAAGAGUCUGAUGAAGAUAGGGUUGUUAUACGUUGUCACGAGAUGUGCUCGAAAAUAUUGAAGUUAUGGUACGCAAUGAAGGUACUUUUUCAUCCUACAAAAGUAGUAAAAGGAUUUCGUCGGAAGCCUAACAUUCAGCAGUGGCAGUAA